AUGUCGUGCCAGGUCAAUAUCAAUUUCACCCAGCUGGCGCUCACGGCUGGCUGGAAUUCGAAAUUGUUCUCAGAUGAGACUGGCCAUGGCGUGGGAUGGGCUGUAGGCGAGCUUGAUCUAGCUCAUGAUGGGACCAUUCUGGCGAAGUGCUCAAGCUCCUUCUUUCUGGACUCCGAUUUGGCUUUGCGUUUGGCGGACGUCUACGGAGAGAACAGAUCAGUGCACGUACUUCUCCUGAGGAAGGGUCGCCAUCGCGUCUUUGUCAAAGCCGGAGAGCCAGGCUGGGUUGAGAAUUCAGGGUUUUAG